AUGGCGAGACGGGCUUCCUCACCGACAUUUCCUCAAUUGCCGUUAGAUUAUAGAUACUGGAACGAUCCUAGUGAUGAGUUCAAGGACGAAGAAGGAUCCUUAUUACCUCUGUAGAAGUUCUCUUACGAGAAAACUAAGAAGCAUGACAUCACGGACAUGUGCUUCAACACCACGUAUUACUAUCUUUUCGCGGUCGCCUUUGGAACAUUGUCAUUUAAUAGUGCGAUAACGAACGGUACAGUAUGCUUAUUCAGUUUGAAGAAUCCGUCGUAUCCGGAAUGGAUUUGUCCGACAGAGUCUCCCGUGAUGUGCCUGGACUUCAACGCCCAGCAUCCUCACCUUCUGGUCAUCGGUACCGUGGACGGGUCAGUAGCGGUUUAUAACGUAAUGUUACCGCCCUCCGCGCCGCAAUACAAGAGCAGCGACGUCGUGCAGAAGCACGGGGGAUUGGUAUGGGAGAUUUGUUGGGCGCCUGACACGGAAGAGGGAAAUCUGGCGUUCUUCAGCGUCAGUAUCGACGGCAAGAUAAAUCACUGGGUGUUAAAUCAAAACGAUCUCGGUCUCACCACCGUUAUGACGUUAUUUCUGGAUCGACCGCCUAUCCCGGGACCAGACGGCACGAUGAUCACGCUCAAAGGGUGUGGGAUGUGCAUGGCAUUUCAUCCUGCCGAUCAGAACGUCUUCCUGGUAGGCACGGAAGAGGGUACCAUAUACAAGUGCAAUACGGCGUACAGCAGUAUCUACAUGAGGACGUAUCACGAGGCGCACACCAUGCCAGUGUACCGGAUAGUCUUCAACAAGUUCAACUCCAGCACCUUCGCCAGCUCCGGCGAUUGGCGAAUCAAAAUCUGGGAAGACGAGAGACCGGAGUCGUUGUUCAUGUUUGAUCUGGGCGUUCCGAUCGGUGACGUUCAAUGGGCACCGUACAGCUCGACAGUGCUGGCCUGCGUAUCGAACGACGGCAAAGUUACGGUGUUUGAUCUAAAUGUUAACAAGUACAGGCCUAUAUGCAGUCAGCAGAUUGUCAGCAAACGGAAGAGCAAAUUGACGCAAUUAGCUUUCAAUUACGCGCUACCGUUUAUAAUAGUCGGCGAUGGUAAAGGUAUCGUGAAUACACUGAAACUGUCCCCAAACUUGCGGAUCCAAGUGAAACCGACGAAGACAACUGAACUAGAAUCGAUGAAGUUAGAAAAACUGCUCAGUUUUGUGCGUGAGCCUCCAGUGCUGAUUCCACCUGAAGACGUGAGAACGGUGUCCUAAAUAAGUAAAACUGAUGCGUCGAAUAUGUAUACAGAGCUUUUGAGCUUUUGUAAAACAGUGCUUUAUUAGUAUCUGCUAUAACAGAUGCGGAUACAUAUACAUAUCUAUAUUUUUACAAAUAAAUUGGCACUAAUUAAUUAAUAGAGAGCUCAAACAGUUCUACGAAGUAGUAUGUAUGCGUGGGCUUAUUGCCUGCAAAAAUCUUUAUAAUAAAUCAUCUCAAGUUCACUGUGGAAUAUGCAAUAAACAAAAUUAUUCGAUCUAAACUAUAUCCAAUCCAUGUACGAAAUAUAAUAUAUUAUAUAGGUUUUUCUAAAAUGCAAAGAAAUAAAAGAAAAUAUCUAUUUAUGGAAGUUUUGUCUUGUUCCCUUAAGAUUACGACUUUUGAUUGAGCGAAACUUG